AUGGUCUCCGCAUCAAAGGCAGCGCGCCAAGCGAAGCGCGCAGCUGACGGCAAAGAUACAAAGAAGACCGUCGCCUCCAAAGCCAAGAGCGCCUCCGCCGUUGGAUCGUCUGUGGGCUCGGAAGCCUCCUCCGUUAAUGGCGACGAGUCGCCUCCCAUGAUGGACGGCGAUGAUGACCCCUUGUCCUCCUCCACCAAUGGCCUAAAUGACCGAGUCUCCAAGCUCGCACUCCAAGAAGACAAAGAUGGCAUUUCAGAUCGAGUGACCACCGGCGUUUUGGCCUCGCAAGAAGCCAGCACCGACGUCAAGAUCUCCUCUGCUUCCCUGGUGUUCCACGGCAAGGUGCUCUUCAAUGAUACCACCAUCGAAGUCAACGCGGGUCGAAGAUAUGGCCUGUUGGGCGAGAACGGCUGUGGCAAGUCGACGCUGCUCAAGGCCAUCGACAAGCGAGAAUUCCCCUUCCCCGAACACAUCGACAUUUAUUUGCUCAAUGAGGGCGCCGAGCCGUCAAAUACCGGUGCAUUGGAGUGGGUCGUCAACCAGGCCGAGAAUGAGAUGAAGAGGUUAGAAGAUAUGGCGGAGAGGAUCCUCGAGGACGAUGGACCAGACAGCCCCAAGCUCGUGGAUCUGUACGAUCGCAUAGACGGCAUGGACCCUUCCACUUUCCACACUCGCGCGUCCCUGAUUCUCACCGGUCUCGGAUUCAACAAGAAAACCAUGGACAAGAAGACCAAAGACAUGUCUGGAGGUUGGCGGAUGCGAGUAGCCUUGGCCAAGGCUCUCUUCGUUAAGCCUUCUCUGCUCCUCCUCGACGACCCGACGGCCCAUUUGGAUCUCGAGGCCUGUGUGUGGCUGGAGGAAUACCUCAAGAAAUGGGACCGCACCCUCAUCCUCGUCUCCCACUCCAUGGAUUUCCUGAACGGCGUCUGCACCAACAUGAUAGACAUGCGCAUGAAGCAGCUCCUCUACUACGGUGGAAACUACGACUCCUACGUGAAGACGCGCAGCGAGCACGAAGUCAACCAACAAAAGGCGUACGAAAAGCAACAGGACGAAAUCAAGCACAUCAAGGAGUUCAUCGCCAAAGCCGGAACGUACGCCAACCUGGUGCGCCAGGCAAAAUCCCGCCAGAAAAUCCUCGACAAAAUGGAAGCCGACGGCUUCAUCCAGCCCGUGCACCAAGACCGCGUCUUCACCUUCCGCUUCGCCAGCGUCGAGAAGCUGCCCCCGCCCGUCCUCUCCCUCGACAACGUCACCUUUUCCUACAGCGGCAAAAAGCCCGACAACCUCUACGAAAGCCUCGACUUCGGUGUCGACAUGGACUCCCGCACCGCCCUCGUCGGCCCCAACGGUGUCGGCAAAUCUACCCUCCUCCGCAUCUUCACCGGCAAGCUCUCCCCCACCGGCGGCUCCGUGCAGCGCCACACCCAUCUCAAGAUGGGCAUGUACAGCCAGCACUCCGCCGAGCAGCUCGAUCUCAACAAGUCCGCUCUCGACUUUGUUCGCGACAAGUACCCCGCCGUCAGCCAGGAUUACCAGUACUGGCGGCAGCAGCUUGGCCGCUACGGCCUGAGCGGUGAAGCUCAGACGGCGCUCAUGGGCACGUUGAGCGAGGGCCAAAAGUCAAGAAUCGUGUUUGCUUUGCUGGCCAUCGACGGCCCCAACAUGCUCUUGCUUGACGAGCCGACGAACGGCUUGGAUAUUCCCACCAUCGACUCGUUGGCCGACGCCAUUAAUGCUUUCCAGGGCGGUGUGGUGGUCGUGAGCCACGAUUUUAGAUUACUCGACAAAAUCGCAAAGGACAUCAUGGUGUGCGAGAACAAGACGGUGACGCGGUGGAAUGGAAGCAUCGGGGAGUACAAGAACCAUCUGAGGAAGAAGAUGCUGGCUGCUGGUGGCGUCUAA